AUGGUUGGGGGACCAUACCCGGUCGAGGCUUCGGGGGAACGCCCCCCACUUCGGGGAACUCGCGAUGAAGGUCCCGCCAUGGCCUCGGAGCGCUAUUGGCGGAUAUUUAACGAUCCGGGCCUAUCACCGCCCGACGGGGCCCCCGUCAAUUCCUCGCCUGUAUCGCCUGAGGCCUUCCACGACCUCACUCAUCAGUUGCGCCUCGUCAACCAGCGGCUUGACGAUGUGCAGAAGGAGGUCCACGGGGCGAGGGGAGAGCUUGGGGGAGACGCGCCCCGGAGAUCUCUGUUCACACCCGAAAUAUUGGAGCACGCAGUCCCCCCGAGUUUCCGAAUCCCCCCCCUGGACACUUACGACGGCUCCACCGAUCCGACCGAACAUGUGGCGGCUUUCCGCGCCCGAAUGACACUAUACGAAACCUCUGAUGCCCUGACAUGCAGGGCAUUCCCCACCACUCCGAGGGGACCGGCCCUCGCGUGGUAUGGCGGCUUGAAGACCGGAACGGUCGCAUCCUUCGACCAGCUCGUCAGUGACUUCGAGCUCCACUUCAUAGCCUCCGCACGGCCGAAGCCUUCCAUGGCGUUCCUCCUCGGACUCAACCAGAAGGAGGACGAGCCCCUCUCCCUUUAUAUAAAUUGCUUCGCAUCAAAAAUCCGGGAGCUGCCGGACGCUCACCCUUCUUUGUCAAUGCAGGCGUUCGUAAGAGGCUUGCGCCCCUCCAAGCUUUUUUGGUCUCUCGUGGAGCGACCUCCCGUCUCGAUUCCCGAGCUGCUCCAGCGCGCGAACCAAUUCGUUGAGGCCGAGGCCUGGAUGGUGGGGAAGCGGCCGGAGCACAAGAGGGAAAGGUCGGAGCCAGCUCAGGGACAACCGCUUCCCGCGCCCAGGCGAAAGCUGAGCCAGUCCGACCCUCCCACGCUGAGAACCCACCUACCCUCUCCGGGUGCCUCCCGGACGAAGAUAUUUCUCCAGAUAAGGGAAAGGGGCCAUCUCAAAACCCCCUUCCCGAUGAAGAACCCGCGGGAGCUGGCUGACCGAUCCAAGUAUUGCCGUUUCCAUCGGCAAAGCGGACACGAUACCGAGGAAUGCCGCGAGCUGUCGUGA